CCUGCGCAUGUGCAUCGACUACCGAGCUCUUGACAAGCAGACCAUCAAGAAUAAAUAUCCGAUACCGCGAAUCGAUGACCUGCUUGACCAGCUUCGGGGAGCUACGGUAUUUUCCAAACUGGAUCUGCGGUCCGGAUACUGGCAGAUACGUAUGGCGGACAACUCUAUCCACAAAACUGCUUUCCGAACUCGGUAUGGAUCGUACGAGUAUUUGGUAAUGCUAUUCGGACUCACCAACGCACCGGCAACAUUCCAAGCCGAAAUGAACCACAUUCUACGACCACUUUUGGACGAGUGCGUAGUAGUGUACCUGGACAACAUACUCAUCUACUCGCGCGACAUGAAGCAACACGUCAAAAUCCUGCGACGCGUCUUCGAAAUUCUUCGACGAGAACGGUUCUACGUCAAACUGUCCAAGAGCGAAUUCGCCCUUGAGAAGGUCCAGUUCCUAGGGCACAUGGUGAGCGCUCAAGGAGUUCACAACGACCCCAAGAAAAUCGAAGCCGUACGUACGUGGAAGACACCCGAGAAUGUGAAGGAGUUACAGCAGUUCCUAGGCUUCGCUAAUUACUACAACAGGUUCGUGCCACAGUAUCCCAAAAUCGCAGCACCACUCACGAAUCUGCUGAAGAAGACCGUGCCCUACAAAUGGGAGCUGAAGCACCAGACAGCCGUGGAGCAGGUAAAGCAAGCACUCACGUCCGCACCAGUACUCAUCUUGCCAGAUCCCGAACGCGACUACGUCAUCAAAGCUGACGCCAGCGACCCGGCGGUGGGAGCAGUCUUGAUGCAAGACCAGGGGAAUGGACUGCAACCAAUCGCCUACCUCAGCAAGAAACUGCACGGGGCAGAACUAAACUACCCGAUACACGACAAAGUGGCCCUUGCCAUCGUCAUCGCCUUCAAAGCGUGGAGAUGUUAUCUCAAAGGACGAAGAACAACCGUCUACACCGACCACUGCAGCCUGAAAUAUUUGAAGACACAACCCAACCUUUCCCGGCGGUAGGUCCG